AUGUUGACUGCAGUGGAUUUUAAUCGUGUUACUUGGAGAAUGGACAUGUCGAAAAUUCUGAGUAGUGGCGCCGCUGAGUCUUCGGACCGCGCGUCGCGAUCUAAUCUUAUCUCGACCACUGGACGCGCGUCCGCCGCCCUCUUACUCAACGCCACAGGCAUCGACCUGCUUCGUACGGCAAUGGAAAGCAGACUUGCCCAAAUUACUGUGCUCAACCAGAAGGACAAGACUUCAGCAUACCAAUCCAUACUUGCUGAAGUCCUAUCUCGCCCGGAUCAAGCGGAGCUUGCCAAAGACAUUCAUACGAUCGUGGAAACCGUGGUGCAAGACAAUGUUGGGCUGAUAAUUGGUCGACAAGUCCUAUCUGAACUUGUCAAGGCACUGGCAGAAGGAGCUGUGAAGAACAAUGAGUUGAGAAAGCGUGUCGUGGAGGAUACGCUUGCUACUGUCCAACCGCGCCUCGUGAGCUAUGAAGAGCAGGUCAAUUCUUUGCGAUUCCAACUGGCAGAUCUUAUAGAACAGGAGGAAGAAUGGAGCGAGGCUGCACGCGUUCUGAUGGGUAUCUCUACGGAUUCGGGCCAGCGAGCCAUGCCCGAUGAUGCGAAACUGCGUUUAUACGUACGAAUAGUCCGUCUUCUACUCGAAGAUGAGGAUUCCGUCCAAGCCGAAACAUACUACAACCGUGCUGCAUUACUCGUUCACUCGACCACAGACAGGGUGACUCUCCUCCAGUUUAAGCUUUGUCAAGCUCGCAUCAGUGAUUACACACGAAAAUUCUUGGAAGCUGCGAGCAGAUAUCAUGAACUGAGCUACUUUGCUGAGAUAGACGAGGAUGAGCGCCGGCAUAUGCUAUCCGCUGCGGUUACGUGCGCUGUCCUUGCACCCGCUGGACCCAACCGAUCUCGCGUGUUAGCUUCUCUUUGUCGCGACGAACGGACCACAGACCUCCCCAAUUACAACAUCCUGCUCAAGAUGUUCCACGAUCGUAUUCUACGUUCUGCCGAGAUCCAGGAGUUCGAGGGAACACUGAAACCGCAUCAACUUGCAAAAAUCUCACUAUCAUCCAACGACCGUCUGGCAUCUGCGGUUGCUGAUGACGACGAUGUGGAUGACCCGAACGCCAGCAAGCGCACGGGCCCAUCCACAGUUCUUGACCGAGCCGUUAUGGAGCAUAACCUCCUAGCGAGUUCGAAGAUCUACAAUAAUAUCACCUUUCGCGGUCUCGGAGCUCUUCUCGACCUCACACCUGGUGCAGCAGAGACGAUGGCUAGGAAGAUGAUUGAGCAGGGUCGCCUGAAAGGAUCGAUAGACCAGGUUGAAAAGCUUAUCUGGUUUGAAGUCACCGGGGAAGAGGAUGACGCGCAGGGUAAGGUAGGAGGACUAGGAGACGUGGAGCAAGUCGCAGAGGACACAGGAGCACCAUUCACGAAACGUUGGGACAUGCAGAUCCGCAUGACCGCGGCGAACGUCGAAUCGAUUGUACAACACUUGACGGAGAAAGGAUUGGUGACGUUGACUCAAGCGUGA